UUCCGGAUCUCAUUGCCACGCGCCCCCGACGACCGCCCGACGUGCAUUCCCGAUUCCUUUUGGUUCCAAGUCCAAUAUGGCAACUCUAAAGGAUCAGCUGAUUUAUAAUCUUCUAAAGGAAGAACAGACCCCCCAGAAUAAGAUUACAGUUGUUGGGGUUGGUGCUGUUGGCAUGGCCUGUGCCAUCAGUAUCUUAAUGAAGGACUUGGCAGAUGAACUUGCUCUUGUUGAUGUCAUCGAAGACAAAUUGAAGGGAGAGAUGAUGGAUCUCCAACAUGGCAGCCUUUUCCUUAGAACACCAAAGAUUGUCUCUGGCAAAGACUAUAAUGUAACUGCAAACUCCAAGCUGGUCAUUAUCACGGCUGGGGCACGUCAGCAAGAGGGAGAAAGCCGUCUUAAUUUGGUCCAGCGUAACGUGAACAUCUUUAAAUUCAUCAUUCCUAAUGUUGUAAAAUACAGCCCGAACUGCAAGUUGCUUAUUGUUUCAAAUCCAGUGGAUAUCUUGACC